UCUUACACUACCGAGUACUUACAAGAUCAAUGGACGCCAAUGAGACCUCCUGUUCAAUUCCCUUCUCCAUUUCCUGCCCCAUUUCCUGCUCCAACACCAUCCAAGUCUGCCAUGCCUCACAUGACACCUUUCACUAACCCACCACAAUCGGAUGAUCCGGGUUACCAACCUUUCCCUCAAGUAGCGGGUAAUGAUCAUUACCGUCCUGAACAGCAUUAUCAUGGUCAAUUUAAUGAUCCGUACUCUACUCUUCCUGGACCUUCAUUCCCAGUUGCCAUGCCAGCUCCACACAUCCCCUCAAACGAUAGUUCCCCUCACAGAUCUCCUUAUAUGGCCGCAGAUCGACCAGUAUUCCCUAACCACAAUAAUCCUCAGCCUCAAUCAUACAACUCAUUGAAUACUUAUAUGGAUGGAUCUGAACAUGUAUCAGCAGUUGCCAGACCACCGCCUGAUUGGAAGUACUCGUCUUCACCUCAACCCCAACCUCAACAACCUUAUCAACAAUACCAGCCAUAUCAGCAGUAUCAGUAGACGUUGAUAGUAAAUAAUCUCAUCAACAAUGAUUAUAAAGUUGGUAUUGGUAAUAGAUAUUUUAUGAAAAUAAUAAUAAAAAAAAAACGACAAAGAUCUGAAGUUUGUAUUUUGAAAUAGUAAAUAAAUAUAUAUUUUUUAU